CGCAGCCAGGGUGACAUUCAAAACCACAGUCGGUCCCUGAACCCAAGUCACAGAGUACGAGAUUGUAUUUUACACAUGUACUGGCUCCUCAUUUAGACCGUCGGGAUGGGCGCCUGUGUGGAUGCGAAGAACUUCCUGUUUAGUGUUGUGCACGAGGUUGCAACGUGUUGAUCGUGUCAUUGUCAAUCGUCCGUAUAGUCUGUUCAACAUGCGAAAGUUCCUCAAAAAAUUAAAGGGGAAAUUCUCGACGAAGGGAGCUACAUCGUCGCCGGUUCCAGGUGCUUCCUCUGCUGAACCCGCACCACGGUCUUCCUCUGUUGAGUCAAUAGUGACACCCGCACCUGCACCCGCAGUGGUAGCCGAACCUGAAGUGGCAGCGGCACCCUCAAGUAAUGCGGGUUUCAGUACCGUUUGGAACGGUGUUCUGGACGUGCUGCGUAUUGCCCAAGCAAGUCUAGAUAGUGUCCCUGUUCCUGGGCUCAAGAGCGCGAUUGGAGGCUUCCUUGAAAUAGUUCGCCAGUUGGACUCGGCGCAAAUGUGGAUGCGAUUCGUCAGCUUGAGGACACUGUCAAAUUCUUCAAUCAGUCAGUAUCGAAGCCGCUUGAAACAUACGAAGGGAAACCCUCUGUUCCUUCCGAGCUAAGCGAAGCCAUCGACGCUUUAUCGGGUGAAUUCGUAACGGCUACUUCGCC